CUUCCUUGUUGGGGCAGCGUGCAUGCGGGGGCGGGGUUUAUCCAUUCUCCCUGCAGUAAUUGUAUUGCUUCCUGUAUAUCUGGCAAUGGCCGCCGUUGUUUCUCCGGCGAAGCCUUUGUGCGACAGUGAACCGGCCACCCCUGCACCGCCCUCUGUAAAGGAAGACAAUUCAAAUGAUACAAAAGACACAGAAGAGAAUUCAAACGAUGGAAGUCAGCCAGCUAAACGAAGGCGAACAUCUGGAGACAGCACCCCAAGUUGUGAAAAUUCAAACCAAGACUUUGGGUCCAGCUAUUUCCCAGCAGAAAAUGUUAUUGAAUACAAAUGGCCUCCAGAUGAAACCGGGGAAUACUAUAUGCUACAAGAACAAGUUAGCGAAUAUUUGGGUGUAACCUCAUUUAAGCGUAAAUAUCCAGAUUUAGAGAGAAGAGAUCUGUCUCACAAGGAAAAACUAUAUCUGAGGGAAUUAAAUGUCAUUACAGAAACUCAAUGCACUUUAGGUCUGACAGCUUUACGAAGUGAUGAAGUAAUAGAUCUCAUGAUAAAAGAGUAUCCAGCCAAGCAUGCAGAGUAUUCUGUCAUACUGCAAGAAAAAGAACGUCAGCGUAUUACAGACCACUACAAAGAGUACUCUAUAACUACUGGAGAAAUUCAGAAUGAAGUAUGUGAUCAGGAUGAAACAGGGAAACAAAUGCAACAACAAAACACACAGAAGGUUGAAGCAAGCAAAGUUCCUGAGUACAUUAAGAAAGCUGCCAAGAAAGCCGCAGAAUUCAACAGCAACUUGAACCGGGAAAGAAUGGAAGAAAGAAGAGCCUAUUUUGAUUUACAGACACACGUAAUACAGGUACCUCAGGGAAAGUACAAAAUUCUACCUUCUGAAAUGACAAAAGUGAGUCCUUAUCCAGUUUCCCUCAUACCUGGACAAUUUCAGGAGUACUAUAAAAGAUAUUCCCCAAAUGAGCUCCGCUAUUUGCCGCUUAACACAGCCUUGUAUGAACCACCUCUAGACCCCUUAGACCCUGAAUUACUGACACUUGACAGCGAUGGAGAUUCUGAUGAGGUGGAAGAAGUGAAAAGUGAAAAGAAGAAAAACAAAGUAUCAUCAGACAGUUCCUCUGUGAAUAUGUCAGAAAGUGAUAACACGCAGGACACCCAAGAAGAGACACCACAACCAAGACCAAAAGUGAAAGAGAAAUCAUCAACUCCUAGAAAGGAAGGCUCCAAACGUUCUGUACUGUCCAAAUCUGUCUCCGGGUACAAGGGAUUUCAACAGGCAUAUCCUAAUAGAGAGCCUUAGAAUCUUCCCAGAUGGUUCUUCAUUGCGAUGCACAUCCAACAUUCCUCUGCACCAAAAUAAGGGUGUGCCUUGCUACUCCCUCAGGACUGGGUUUGUUCUUACUAGUUAUCAAAAAUAUAUUGUUGUGCAGUAAGAGAACACUAAGUAUUGAGAGAGGGUCUAGAUAUGUUAAAAAUGUUAUUGUGGAAUAUCCGUUAUGUGUUUCCUCAUUAAGGAAGUACGGUUUCGUUUUGUGAUUGACAAGCUGGCAUAGAAUGGCUUUGCAAUUCACAUUUUAGCUAAGAUGUCUUCUGGCUUUUACUGCUCAAAACUGUAAAAUAGCUUACUUUAGGCUAAUUUUAUAUUGAAUAUAUUCAGCAGGAACAAUACACAUGCCCAUACACCCCUCCCCUCCCCAAUAAUGUUCCAGUCAAUCACAAGUCACCUUCUUUGGGGAUGUUCCAUUGAAAAAUUUAACUGGAUCGUCCCUGAUGAAAUUCAACUAAAAUAUGAUUUUUUAAAAGAUUGUCAUAAUUUACUGCUGAGUGCAGUACAGUGUGUGUAUUCUGAUUUAUGUUUACAUACUCCAGGGUGGUUUUUCUACAAGCAGUUCUCCUCUUUUAGACUAUAAUAUAUAGGUGUGUGUGUGUGUGUGCACACAUAUACAUCUAACUGUUUCUAUCUAUAUUCCUUUAGAAAGGAAAAGUGUUACAUGGGCAUGCUUGGCUACAGAAUAUAUAGAAAAGAAUGCCUAUAUAAAUUAUAGCCUCCUGUUCUAUAUUCUACAGUGUUAGUCCCAUAAGAGUCCAAGGCUGUGGUGCAUGUGUCUUAUUGCACAAGGAUGUCCAACAGUUGUUGAACUACAACGCAUACCUAAAGCUGUUGAGAGAUAUUGGCAAUAUCCACUCAAGGGCCUGAGGCAGGACAUCCUUUAUAUAGCAUGCAUAUAUAGGCUAUGUUAGUUAUUUUGUAGAACGCAAUACCUAAUAUUAUUGUCAGAUAUUCUGUAUAUUUUUUGUAAUAAAGAAUUAAGGUUAAAACCUUUUA